AUGUUCCUCCGUGCAUUGAUUCUCCUCACAAUUCCUACAGUAAUCCUCGCCCUUGGAAGAACUCAAUCCGUGGGAGUCAGAGGACAAUUGAUCUGCGAGGAUAAGCCGGCUUCUGGUGUGAAGGUCAAGAUUUAUGAUGAGGAUAAGUUGUCCCCAGACGAGCUGAUGGCUUCUGGCAAAACCGAUUCAUCCGGAAAGUUCGACUUGAAGGGAAGUGCCGAUGAGUUUACUUCAAUUGAGCCAAAAAUCAACAUUUAUCACGACUGUGAUGACGGAAUUAAACCAUGUCAAAGAAAGAUCACCGUCUACAUUCCAAGUCAAUACAUCGCCAGUGGAUCCGAGCCAAAGAAGAUUUUCGAUUUCGGAACACUUCAAUUGGCUGGGAAAUUCUCCGGAGAGACCAGAGAUUGUUUGAAUUAA